CGCCUCCCAAUCACCGCGGUCGCCGGACGCGGACACCGCCUGUUCAGUAUUCGAUGUUCGUUUCCAGUCCUUUUUAUCUUGGUUAGAUUGUGCUUUUAUCCGUUACGAAUUUUCAAACAAGUAAACAACGGUUGAUAACUAAUAUCAAAAAUAUUUACAACCGUGAUUUCAAUUUUAAAUAAUAUUAAUAAUAUUAUACAAAAGAUAAUGUAGUAUAAUAAUAUACAAACAAUAAAUAAUAAUGAUAUUGUUCACAUCAUGACAGCUAGUAGUUUGAUCUAUAUAUAUUAGAUUAUAAGUACCUCCUAUAAAAUACUGGAUAAUAAUGGAAAUUGACGAAGACUUAAGUGUUAUAGAAGCAGAUUCAAUUUCGCCAGAAGUAUCCUCAGAGUCAUUCGGUGAUAUAUCCUGUAUAACUAACGAUGAUAAAGAAAAUGAAAAUGUUGAAGACCCACAUUCAAUUGAAACCGACGAAUCUGAUCCGGAAGAUGUUACAAUGUCAGAAUCAGAGUCAGGAAUAGUUGAUUCAAGUUUUGAUCCAACUGCUCUUUUAGAAAUAUCUGAUAUACUCGAUCUUGUUGGAAAAAAUUGGUCAAUAUUUCGUGUAUCUCCAUUAUGGAAUUUGAAUUUUGAUACAAACUAUUUAAACUUAUUAUCUAAAAAGUUGAAGAAAUUUUUAAUAAUUCAUAUAUCUACACAUAUGAAGAACCAAAAUAAUUCUUUCUCGGAAAUCUCUGUAGAAAUUGAAGCAAAAGAAGCACAUCAAGAAUGCAUUGCAUUAAAGAUUUAUGUUAUCAACAAUGAUACUAAUUCAAAACUUUAUACUGGUUUGCUAUUAAAGUCACCAAAUUAUGAACAAAAUUAUGAUAAAAAUAGUUUAUCUGAUAUGCCUAUAUUAAUGGUACAAGGAAAUAAAUCAUUCUCAGUAGCCAUACAUAAUUGGUUAACCGAACAUUUUGAUUGUGUCAUUCGGCCAUAUGAAUUUGCUUUAUAUCAAUUUCUGUGGCUUAUUGCUAUAUCGAUGGGUGAUGCUGGACAAUUAUACAAUGAAACUGUUUUAUACCACUAUUUCUAUAAAUAUGAAUCAUCAAAGGGUCAAAUGGAUGUAAAAUGUUAUGCCGAAUCAGAGUUCCUUCGAUCAGUUCUAGCUAAACUUUCAUUGAAUCGGUCAUCUUCUGAAGCUACUUCGUUUCAUUAUUCAGAUUUAAUUAAAGUCCAAUCUGAUAUAGAGGACCAUUUUAAAAUAACAAGUGGAAUAAAUGUAUCAAAAUUAAAAUUGAAAGCAUUUGAAGCGCCUAAAGUAGCUUCAAUUAAUGUUUCUGGAAAAAUACAUGUUUGGUCAUCCACACUUAUGGAUUUAAUGUUAAAAUAUCUUAUGGAACUACAAAACAAUAAAUGCAUGCCUUAAAGAUGUACUAAAAAAAGUAUGCAAGAUUUACAUGUUAUAAAUUGUUUCUGAGCAUAUUAAUACUUUUUAUAAUUAUUUUUAUUAUCUGAAUGAAUUAAAGUUAUGUUUAUUAUUUAGAUCAAGAAA